AUGGACGAGGACGACGUCUACGCCUCCAUCUUGGCGCGGGUGGGGCGCCCGGAGCUGGACAGGCAGCUGCACACAGUGCUGCGCAAAGAGUACAGGUCCAUUGGGCGCCAGGUCGAUCGCGUGUCGUCGUCUCUAGCCGCCGCGCGGCAGCUGCAAUCGGCGGCGGAGUUCCUGAGACCGAGCGGCGACUGGCAGCCCAAGACGCUGCAGGCGCAGCUGAAGAGCAUCGAACAGCUGCAGAGCAGUCUGGAGACGGCUCUGAACGAGAUAGAGAGGAGGACGAAGAAGAAGAAGAAGAAGAGACAGAGGAAGCGAAUUGCAGAAAGAGAAGAAGACUCGGAGCGUAAGACGAAAGCGAUGGAGAAGGAGAAACUUCGGGAUAGAGAAGCCAUCGUUUUGGAUGAUGAUGACGACGAGGAAGCCGAUGAAUUGGCCAUUGUGGAGAAUAAUGCAAGUGCAAAUGCAGAGGAGGACUCUGGAGUGGAGUUCUUGCAGGUGGUGACGCCUGCGGACAGGGCCGCGGAUGUGAGGACGGGAGACGCUGAAUGCGAGGAGAAUGACGCUGUGACGGUUGAGAAGCGUUGCAGACCAGUCGAUGUGAUUGAGGUGGAAGAAGAUGCUUGUGAAGUGGAGAUUUUAGAGGUGGAAACGAACGACGAGGGGAUAGAGGAAGGUGGUGGACUAGAGUGUGUGGGAGAUGAAGGUGGUGGUGUAGAGUGUGUGGAAGAUGAGGGUGCGGUAUUAGAAUGCAGUCCCGAAGGCAGCGACGGAAAUGGAGAGACAAACGAAGAGGUAGAAGCAUUGCCGAGCGGAUUGAUGAGAAGAUCGCGCGACGAGGCCGUCCGGGUGAAGGAGGAAGUAAUAGACCAGCAAGCAAUUUUGAAAGUCGACCGACAAGAGGCGUGCGAGGGUGCAUCAGUGGAUGGAUCGGAAACGGAGUCCCCGAUGGAGCUGGAAGUUCCAGAGUCGUCUGAGGAGUCGGCAGUGGAGUUGGAGAUGUCGGAUUCAGAACAAUUGGCGAUGGAGUUGGAGGUGUUUGAUUCCGAUUCCGAUAAUGACGACGAUUUCUCGCUGUGUCGGGAGUUGGUGGAUAAACUUCAGAACGAAAGCGAUGCCACCCACCAGUUGGUUGUGUUUCCACAAACUGUAGCAGUACUGCGCUCGUACCUGCUCGACCGCAAACACCUUGAAGUGGACGAAUAUUUAUAUGCGCACAAGACCUUCACUGACGGGGAGUUGACGGAAAUGGGAUGUGCUAUCGAGACAAUCGCCUCUGUGGGCAUGGAUCUGCCGAGACAACCACGAGUCAAGAUGGCACUGAACGACUUACUUACGCUUGUUGAACAGCUUGAGCACACGCUGGGCGAGCUGCCAACAUGUUUGGAUCCGUACGUUUGUGUAGUUUUUUGGGCUGUUGGGGUUUCAGUUGCUGACGAUGUUUCUGUUUGUUUGUGCGCAGGAUUGUAG